AUGGCGUGUGCUUCACUGCUCGAAGGUGAGUAUUACUUCUUUAUCACCCCGAUUGGGGUGGUCACCCCUGCGCGGGUGCUUAUCGGUCAGUCUGAUUCGGUAGCCUAA